CGGAGGGGAAGUUAAAAAGGGCGGAAUUAUAACCCACAUUGUGCAGCUAACCAAAAACUGGACAACGGAGGACAGCAGGUCCGACUCAAAAGAGCCCCUCAGUCACCUCCUUUGACAUGAAACAGAAAUAUGGCGGACGGCGAGUGUACUGUGCAGCAGACAGUGUACGACUAAGCACCGGGCCAUAUUCCUCUACUGAGCAUCCCUAUCAUGGCUUCACCCUCCCAAGAGAAUCAGAAGGUGCAAGAAGGUUGGAGACUCAACCCAAUGCCUCGAGCCAAUGCCAUACUGGAUCAGACCUUCCUGACAUAAAAUCAGCAUACCAGCGAACCUACAACCACACCAAGCCUCCUUAUUCCUACAUCUCACUAAUUUACAUGGCUAUCCAGCAAUCGCCGACCAAGAAGCUUACCCUGAACGAGAUCUAUGACUGGAUACGCCAGCUCUUUCCUUAUUACCGGCAAAACCAGCAGCGGUGGCAAAACUCCAUCCGCCACUCGCUCUCGUUUAAUGACUGUUUCGUGCGGGUCCCGAGGUCCCCAGACUCUCCAGGGAAAGGCUCCUACUGGGCCCUGCACCCUGACUCCAACAACAUGUUUGAAAAUGGCUGCUACAUGCGGCGCCAGAAGCGCUUUCGGUGUCAGGGGUCGACUUCGCCAUCCACACCAAAAAACACAUUGAAGAAGGUGGAUAAAGAAACAGUGAAGGAGGAGGGCAGGAAAAAGAAGUCGGAGGCUAAAGCUGCUAUUUCAUCUCUUACACCACCUCAGUCUUCUCAGCCUGCUGUACCAAAUGUGAUGCCACCAGUUCUGGAUUGCCCUCCUGUGCCAAAGUCACCUUCACACACGCCACCCCUACAACAGACCACCCACUCACUGACUCUGUUUCCUCCGUCAUCAGAACUGCCUGGACAUGUACCUUUUCCCACCAUGACCACACUUCAGUCGACAACGUCCUGCCCCAUGGAGCCUUGUGCUCACGGGGAACCCUUCUUCCAUCAGUCCCUUGCCAUGCCCCCACUUGUGGACUUUCAGUGCUAUGAGGCGCCUAUGAAUUACCCAGUCUACUACCCAUCAUCAAACUCCAACAUUCAUCAGUAUAAUCCAUAUUUCAUGGGCAGGGAUGAAUCAUACACAGGGGACUCUAUGUACUCCGGACUCAGCAUGUGUCCCGUGCCAGUUCUCAGCUCCUCCUAAAGCACUGUUGUCUGCUCAUGUACUUUGACUGACCUCUUGAAAAUACUGUACAUAAAUAAAAUUCUUAGAUAAUAA